AUGCUUGGGGGAAUCAAGUUUCGACCUAAAAGCUCGAAAUCAGGCUCCAGAGAUACCUCUGGAUCUUUGCCUGUCCCUGCCACUUUUAGGAAUAUGAAAAGUGCCAAGGGAAACCGUUUGGGAUUGCUUCUUCUAUCAUGCAUUUUGUUGUGGUUUUUCAAUCCGUUUUCUCUUCUCUUCACCCAUUCUUCAAAGUCCAAAUACCCUGCACCACGACCAUAUACGUCGAAGCAAAUUAUCAAGUCUAACUCGAAGUAUAUUUAUCCACCAAUCGAAGAUGGGCCAAUUUUAAAGCGGAUGGGAAUGGACGAGUUGUUCAGAGAAACGAAAAGACCUGAUCCCAACGUUCAGGGACUUGAGGUUAGUUUUAUUGAGUCGUUGAACGUACUUGAUGACCCUAAUCCUGUCAAGCAAAAGCUCAAGGAGGAAAAUGAUAACCUCAUAUCCGUAACUAAUAGAGCGAGAAACGCCUUCAAGAAUCAGGACAAGGUUGUCUUCAGCCCCAAGUCUAUGAAGAACUACCCAAAGGUUGUUAUCGUUUCCGCAAUUGAUUUUGAACGGUACCCAAUGGAUUCGUUGGCUAAAAUUGUUCAGAAUAGAGUGAACUACGCCCACGAACAUAACUACGGGCUUUACGUUAGAUGGUAUCAGGAAUUUGCGCCAAUGGUGAACUCUAAAUCAUUCGUGUCUAGCAAGGAAAGACGGAAAUGGGCGCGUAUUUUCUGUUUGAGGGCGGCUAUGUUUGCCUUCCCUGAGGCAGAGUGGUUUUGGUACUUUGAUGAGGAUGGAUUGAUCCAGAACAUGCAUACAGAUCUCACCAGUCAUUUGCUAAACAAAAAAGUGUUAAACUCUGUUAUUCUUAAGGAAAGACCCAUCAUUCCGCCAAACGGGCUUAUUAAGACUUACAAAAACAUCCAAACUGAAAAUGUUAAGUUGAUUUUCAUCCAGUUUGACAACCAAAUUCAAACCAACUCCUUUAUCGUGAAGAAUGAUGAAGUCGGCCGCGCCAUAAUUGAUUUCUGGACCGAUAAACUCAACUUAAAUUACAAUAAUUUCCCUCAUGGUCCUGAUUCUGCCUUGGCCCAUAUUUUGCAGUGGCAUCCUUUCAUAUUAAGUAAAGCUGCUAUAGUUCCAACCAGAUUGUUGAGCUCGAUCCACAGCGAUCAAGAGAAUGCACAAUCGAAAGAUAACACCUUAUACUCUAAUGGUGACUUAACGGUUCAAUGGCCCUCAUGUGACGGAGACCAGUGCAAUCAUAAUUUGCUCAAAUACGCACCUACGAAGUGA